AUGUGGCUGCUGCUCCUCAGUCUCUUCCUUCUCAGCCUCCCAGGCUGUUUCCCCAUCCAAGGCCCACAGCUGGUGAGAGGCCCGGAGCAGGGCUCGCUGACCGUGCAGUGUCGCUAUGAUCCAGGAUGGGAGCACAACGGGAAGUGGUGGUGUCGAGGAGCCAACUGGCGUUUUUGCCAGAUCCUCGUUGAAACCACAGGAUCAGAGCAAGAAGUGAAGAAAGGCCGGGUGUCUAUUAGGGACAAUCAGAGAGACCGCUUGAUCACAGUGACCACGCAGGACCUCAGGCGAGAUGACGAGGACGCCUACUGGUGUGGGAUUAAAAAGCCUGGACCUGACCUUGGAGCAAGAGUUAGCCUGAUCAUCGAGCCACAGGGAGGACAUCUGUCCCAGUCCAAGAGCCUGCUGUCCGGGACAGCUGCCAAAAACAAUGGAGGGGUGUCUUCUGGCUCCAUCAGGAACCACUACAUGCUCCUGGUAUUCGUGAAAGUGCCGAUCUUACUGCUGUUGGUCGGUGCUAUCCUCUGGCUGAAGAGGCCUCAGAGGGCCCCUGAGGAGCAGAGUGAAGAGCCGAUCUAUACGAACUUGUCCUCUGACCUGGCCGCAAACAGAGCCCCUUAG